AUCGCAUGUUGAAGACGUCAAUGUCGGUCCUUAGGUCGCAUGUUGAUGACGUCAAUGCGGAGCUAUGCCCAUGUCUGGGUGAACAUUCUGGAAUUUUGACCGGCGCUCGACCUUUUAGCCGUUUGAAAAUUGUUUUUUCUGUUAAGGUUAUCAUCUCAAAGUAAACAUGGUGAAGGAAACGGGUUUCUAUGAUAUAUUGGGUGUGAAAGCCAACGCCACUCCGGAUGAACUCAAAAGGGCUUAUCGCAAACUUGCUCUCAAAUAUCAUCCUGACAAAAAUCCUACAGAAGGAGAGAAGUUCAAGCAAAUCUCACAGGCGUACGAAGUCUUGUCAGAUGCGAAGAAAAGAGACAUUUAUGACCGUGGAGGAGAAAAGGCCAUAAAAGAAGGAUGUGGUGGCGGUGGAGGAGGAGGAAGCUUUGCAUCACCAAUGGACAUCUUUGACUUGUUUUUUGGAGGCGGGAGUCGGAUGCACCGAGAAAGAAAAGGGAAGAACAUCGUGCACCAGAUUUCAGUGACGCUUGAUGAUCUUUACAAUGGCGCCACCAGGAAAUUGUCUGUUCAGAAGAAUACCAUUUGUGAGAGAUGUGAAGGUCGCGGCAGUCGUAAAGGGGCAGCCCAGAUGUGCAUGACGUGCCACGGGACGGGCAUGCAGGUGCGCGUGCACCAACUCUUGCCAGGUAUGGUCCAGCAGGUGUCCACGGUGUGUCACAGCUGCCAGGGCCAAGGCCAGCGAAUCAGCCAGAAGGACCGUUGCAAAGCCUGCACGGGUCGGAAGAUCUUGCGGCAGAAGAAGAUCCUGGAGGUGCACAUUGACAAGGGAAUGAAAGAUGGGCAGAAGAUACUGUUCAAUGGGGAGGGAGACCAGGAGCCAGGACUUGAGCCAGGUGACAUCAUCAUUGUCCUGGACCAGCAGGAACAUCCACAAUUCACCAGGAGAGGAGAGGACUUGACCAUGUCGAUGGAGUUACAGCUGGUAGAAGCCCUGUGCGGCUUCCAGAAGCCCGUCCAGACACUUGACAAGCGCACCCUCCUCAUCACAUCCCAUCCAGGGGAACUGAUCAAACCCGGCGACACCAAGUGCGUCUGCAACGAGGGGAUGCCAAUGCUCCGCCGGCCCUUUGAGAAAGGCAAACUCAUAAUUCACUUUUCCGUGGUGUUCCCAAAAGCCAACUUCCUCCCAAAGAACAAGCUGAAGGAGCUGGAGCGCUACCUCCCGGUCAAGGUGGACGAGGAGCAGCCGGAGAGCAUGGAUGACGACCUGUACAUCUACGCCGACCUGGAGGACUGUGACGUGGAGAACCGGAAGCGACACCGGCAUCAACACUACUACAUGGACGAAGAAGAUUACGCCAGCACAGGAGGUGUUCAGUGCCAGACGUCCUAAACCACGACACAAUUUCAUGUUACAAAAAGCCCAACCCUUCAUCUUCUUAAAUGAAGCGCCUUUUUUUUGUUGCACUUUUAUCGUUUUUUGGGUUUUGCAUUUGUCAGUCGUCCAGCUCAACCACAAAGUUGUCCCUGGUAAUUGUUUUCUUCAAAGGCGAUCGCCAGUGGACUUUCUUGUGGCUGCAAAGACACUGUGACACAAUGUGAGGGCCAACAACACGGUCUUCUUACGUGUGUGUGAGUGAACAAGGCAGCUGGAGGCAGAAGCAGUCAAACACGAUGCCAAUACCAGUAUGGAAGAACUCUUUUGUAGUGUUUCUAAAGCCCUCGCAGUUCAACACAACGUGUGUGAAGGCAAACCUGAUUUUAAUGCAUUUUAUGCUAUUUUACCCUUUUUAAAAGGGCUGUGUUCUAAACAUUAACCCAGGGGUCGGGAACCUUUUUGGUUGAGAGAGCCAUGAAAGCCAAAUAUUUCAAAAUGUAUUUCCAUGAGAGCCAUAUAAUAAUUUUUAAACACUGAAUACAACUAAAUGCGUGCAUUUUUAAAUAAGACCUGUCAUGUCUUUGUGAUCAUGUUCUGUUUAGUUAUGUUCUGUCUUGUUUUUGACUCCAUUAGUUCCUGUUUUUGUGCACCCUGGUUUGUUUUUGUUUCCAUAAAUACCAAUCAGUUCACCUGUUUUCACGACUCACGCACCUGAUUCACUUGAACUCAUGUACCAGUUGUCAAUCACCACGUCACGAUUUAAGCCUCCAGUUGCCAGGCAGUCAGCCUGGCAACAUCACCUUCUACUCACCCUCUAUCACCUCUUAUACACCUAUGUUAUCCAUGCCGAUGAUCCAUGCUCUUUCUCGGUCCAAGUAAGUUUUUCUUGCCAUAGUUUAUAAGUUUUAUUUUAUGUUCAUAGUUCUCCCAUUGUGCGAGUUUUAGUUUUCUUAGCCAAGUUUUUAACCUCCUCUGAGAGCGCCAUUUGUUUAUACCCUUUGUUUUUUUAAUAUUUUUGAGUUAAGAUUAAAGAUGUCAUUACCUUCAUGCCAUGUCCGUUCCAAUCGCUUUGCACCACGGGAAAACAAAUACCACACCAUAGUCCAGGUCUUGACAAGACCAACAUUUUUAGAGUAUAAUAGGUCUCUUAUUCUUUUUAAUAACAUUGUUAUUCUAAACUUAACCAAUAAUAAAUAUAAUACUUCUUACUAUUAAUGCGACAUCUUGGACAGGUGCGAUAGAAAACGGAUGGUUGGAAUAAAAUGCAUGAGAAUGUUUUAUAAUUUGAACUUAAUUUUUAACACUGUGAUUACCAGCGUAAUUAUUAAUUACUUAUCCUGUUAAGCAACCUCAGCUAAGAUUUAUCUGAGAGCCAGAUGUAGUCAUCAAAAGAGCCACAUCUGGCUCGAGAGCCAUAGGUUCCCUACCCCUGCAUUAACCGAUCUUAACACAGUGACCUACAAACCCAGGCAAUGGUACAUUUAAAAAAAAAAAAACUAAUUUAUAAGAGUGUUGAUAUUGGUUCAUAUGCAAUGUGAGAUGCCAUCAGUGUGUUAAAAAUGACUGCUGUUUAAGGUGCGAGUGACACCUCAAACAUUAUAGCCACCUUUUUAAAAACAGCAUUUUAUUUACUUUAGGGACCAACAUCUUUGGGUUUUAAUCAUUAAGGAGUUAAAGGCCUAAAAGUUAUGUGAACUGACUGACUUGGUAGGUGGCUGCGGGGUGCACACCUCAUACCUCAAUAAAGUGAUUGUCUUAAGACA